UAUUUCAUGGAAUAAAAAUGUAAAUCAGAUAUUUAAUAUGUACUGUCAGUUUGACUAUUCCAAAACAAAAUCAUUAUGAUUAAAUUUUUAAUUGUUCAACUCUUAUAAUAAAUUGCAUGUGACCAGUGGUGCAGCCAGAGAAUGCAAGGGAGCAAUUGAAUUUCCUACUACUAAUAUCCUUUCUUUUUUAACAUUGAAAUUUGUUUAUAUGUAAAUGUAAAAUAAACUAAAGCCCGCCACCACAUAAGUAUAAGUUUAAACUGUACAGUUCAGUUUUGAAUGUUUAGCAGUGGCCAUGGAAGCUUUGGUUGAUAUUAACUCAAGACAUAAGAUGAAUACUGAAAAAGACAUGCUUCACACUUCACAAGAUAAGAUAGUAUUUUAUUUUGCUUAUGGAAGUAAUUUAUCUUCAGACAGAUUAAAAAUUAAUAAUCCAUCUGUAGUUAAGAAUACAAUUGGUAAACUAAAGGGAUAUGAAUUGAGUUUUCAAGGAUACUCAGAUUUUUGGAAAGGUGCUACAGCAAAUAUUACUGAAAAUAAAAGUUGUGAAGUUUGGGGAACUGUAUGGCAGCUGCCAGAAAAUCAGAUUAUCAAUUUAGAUAAGCAAGAAGCAGGAUACAAUUCGAUUCAAGUAAGAAUAGAAACAAUAGAGGGCAAAGAAAUGUUAUGUAAAACAUAUCAAAUGCCUGAGAAACAGAUAAAUAAGCCAUCCACUAUUUAUAAAGCUGUAAUAGUUUAUGGUGCAGUUGAACAGAACUUGCCUGCAGAAUAUAUAAAUAAACUCAGAAAUUUUGAAGAUAAUGGAUAUAAAGGCUCUAUAAAUAUUUCUAUUGACAUUAAUAAAAUUUUAACUAUAUUAUAAUCUGAAACAUAAGUAUUUAAUGAAUUAAUAUUUAAUUCUAAAUUUGGAGAUUUACUACAUUAAAGAAAAGUUGAUUUUUGGAUUUAAAUAUAAACUUAAUUUUUAUCAUGUUUUAUUCUAUUGUUUAAAUAUUUUGUAUACUGUAUGGAAUGUUUUAAUAUACAAAAACAAAAUACAAAAAAUGAGCAUAUUUUCAGAAACUGAAUGAAUUUGUUCACUAAAUUUUAAUUUCAUUGUUGUGGAUGGAUGUUUAUUUUGAACAUGAAUGUAUUGUUUUUAAUUAAUCAAGGAUAUAUUUUAAAAUAAAC